AUUAUAGGGGAACACUUCCUGUACUGUUGAAACUAGCAAACUCACCCUUCCACUGCUGAAGAUUUUGCAUUUCAUCAUGUUCUUGACAAGAUCAGAAUACGACAGAGGGGUAAACACUUUCUCUCCAGAAGGACGACUUUUUCAAGUAGAAUAUGCCAUUGAAGCUAUCAAGUUGGGUUCAACAGCCAUUGGCAUUCAGACAUCGGAGGGUGUGUGUCUUGCCGUUGAGAAGAGAAUAACUUCUCCUCUGAUGGAGCCCAGCAGCAUUGAGAAGAUUGUAGAGAUUGAUUCUCAUAUUGGCUGUGCCAUGAGUGGCUUAAUAGCUGAUGCAAAAACACUUAUCGACAAAGCAAGAGUGGAAACACAGAACCAUUGGUUUACCUACAAUGAGACGAUGACGGUGGAGAGCAUAACACAGGCUGUGUCUAACCUCGCUCUGCAGUUUGGAGAGGAGGAUGCUGAUCCUGGUGCUAUGAGUCGCCCUUUUGGUGUUGCUCUACUUUUUGGAGGCAAUGAUGAGAAAGGACCUCAACUAUACCACAUGGACCCAUCAGGCACUUUUGUCCAGUGUGAUGCAAGGGCUAUUGGGUCAGCAUCUGAGGGUGCUCAGAGUUCUCUGCAGGAAGUCUAUCACAAGUCCAUGACGUUAAAGGAGGCUAUCAAGUCUUCUCUCACAAUUCUGAAACAAGUGAUGGAGGAGAAGCUGAAUGCCACUAACAUUGAGCUUGCCACAAUCGAGCCAGGCAAGACCUUUCACAUGUUCACAAAAGAAGAACUUGAGGAUGUCAUUAAGGAUAUCUAAAGCUGAACAGAGCUGUGCUAAGCCCAGCUGAUGUUCUAUAAAGAAAUCCAAUGUAAUGUGUGUGUGAAUCAUCACACAGCAAUUGCAUAUGUAAUACUCUGGCUUCAUCCUACAGUUUGCCUGUUCAGACAGGAAUUAAGUCUUUAUCCUUUUUUUUUUUUUUUUUGUCAAUCCAAAAAUUUCUAUAGUGCCGUUCAAGCACAGAACAGCCAAUCUUGUAGUUGACUUAAACGGGGGGUUCUUUUUGUUACAAAUCAAUGCAUCAAUAAACUGUUGUUGGGGGAAAAAAAAAGCAAUGUGUUUGAGUUU